GGCCACGCCUCUCCGGGGUUUGACACUUCGGUCAUAUGACUUCCUGCUUCAGUUGGACUCGUCUCGUCUGCAGCUCGAAUCGUUUUUCUGCGUUCAUUUUCUGUCAAAACCUCAACUCACGGCUGUCAUGUACCGAUUCGCUGCAUUCGCUUUUCUCCUUUUUGUGGGAGUCGUGUUCCACCAGUCUCAUGGCAUUGAGGUGAAUGUCACAGAUAAGGACAAACUAUGUCUCUACGCCAAGUUACAGCUCAACUUCACAGUUUCCUACGAAGGCAACCAAACGAUUCACACUAACUCGUUCAAACUUCCUGAAAAUGCCACGACAGACGGUAGUGAGUGUCACGACAACAGUUCGACCCUGAAGCUUAAUUUUGGAGCUGGACACUCCUGGUCUAUUAACUUCAUCAAGAAUGGGGAAAGUUACCAUGCAGGCCUGGUAACUUUUAUUUACAACCUCAGCGACACCAGUUACUUUCCUGGCGCUUCAUCUAACAAAACUAUGAAUGUGUCUCGGAAUGCCAGCAUUACUGAUGUUGAGUUGAACACCUGCUACUCCUGUAAUAGUAACGAGAUGAUCUCRGCUGAUCAGGUCAACAUGACGCUGUCAAACGUACUCAUACAGGCUUUUGUCAUUAAUGGGAGCAUGAGUGAGAACAUAACCGUUUGUGCUGCGGAUCAACCUGUAAUUCCUACUUCACCCAGCACGACCACUGCUGCCCCGACGCCCACCACCCCGCCAACUCCCCUCCCCACUCCUCAAACUGGGAACUACAGUGUUGAAUCCAACGCCUCAGUCUGUCUGUUGGCCAACUUUGGCCUCCGGAUUGGUUUCAAACUUAACCAGAAGUACCAUGAGAUGAACUUUAACCCUGUUGGGGCGAACGUUUUUGGGAGCUGUGGAUUCGACAGCAGUGAGCUCAUGCUGGAGUCUGAGGAGAUGAUCGUAACUUUCACAUUUUUCAACGACACAAAGAAAUUCCACCUACAUACUCUGAAYGUCACAGUCAAUGCUGGCUUUGGUUUCAAUGAGGUGAAAACCAACCUGAGUCUGUGGGAGACGAACAUCGGCAGCUCCUACAUGUGCAACAAGGAGCAGAACUCCACCAUCACGGACCAGCUCAGCCUCUACACCUUCAACCUGCGAGUGCAACCCUUUGGGGUGCAGAAGGGCGUUUUCAGUACAGCCUAUGAAUGUUCAUUGGAUGACCCCAGCAUCUUAAUCCCAAUCAUUGUUGGCGCUGCUCUGGCUGGCUUGAUUCUCAUUGUAGUGAUCGCUUACGUGAUUGGUCGAAGAAAGACCCAUGCUGGAUAUCAGACCCUUUAAAUUCAGUUUUUUUUUGCUGUUUUCCUGAAAUGUCAUUGGAUUUCCAAGUCUGGUCCUCGGCUUUUAUGUACAGUAGUUUAAUUGGCACAUAAAAACUCAAGAURUAAUUUUAUGAACUUGACGGCAUAAAUUUUAUUAUCUGGCGAUSUUAAAUCUGAGUUUAUUUGGUCCAAACAGUGUUUCUCUUUGGGAUUUCUAAUGUUUAMAAAUGGAAUAAAUCUGUAUAAAAAGAGGAUGAUUAGCUGUUCUUUUCGAGGACCAAACUUGCCUAUCCUUUUUYCCCCUUCCCUGUAAGUUUUGUCUUCCCUUAUUGUGCUUUUUGUUAAUGGGCAAGUGCAAGACCCUGCAAAGCAAAUCUCAAACAUUGUAGUUAAURCAUUAAAAUUAUUUUCAGUGUGCAUUAAUGUUCAGGUACAGAAAAUCCAUGACAUUUAUGGAUUUAUGCUUUAUUUCCCCACUCUCUCCCACACGAUUGGCAGUUUUAGGAUCCUGCAUUUGCUCAGCAGACGUUCGCCCUCUUUUUGUUUGCUUUGUUGUCAUUUAUCCUUUAAGCACAUUUAUGAUUUGACUUUUCAUCGUCACAUUGAGAUGUAUUCAAAUGUUCUAACACCACUUUUGUCACAGAUGAAAGCUAAACAAUCAAGCAGCUUUUUUUCCUUUGUUCCUUUGAAAUUUGUUGAUGAAUGUCUGCUUUAUUUUGAUAAGUUGUCUAAAAAUGUUGUUUUGUUGUUUUUUUAAGCCCAUGUUUGCCCCUGUAGACCAGGAGAAACAUUGGGAUUUUACCCAACCUUGUGACUCCAAUCAUAUUUUGAGUGUGACCUCAGAUCACUCUUUAUCCCUCUACGGCAGACAGAUAAGUCCAGAUGAAACUAAUAAUCUCUGUGGCUCAUUUUGCGUUACCAAACUCCACAUAACGACACCAUCAUUAGCUUUAUGAAAUUCAUCUGUGUGGGUUUUCCUAUAUUUGCGCACACGCCAGAGAAAUUUCUGCUGGAAUACUUUUUGGCAUUAGGUUUAGAAAAAGGGACAAGACUAUUCAGUAAUUAUUUGCUUUCAGCACAUAAUUCUGAAAGCAGAAUAUUUUCAUGCAAAUGCACUAAUAGACUUUAAUGUCCAGCUUGUUGUCUUGUGUACGUGUCUGGGCUUCACAAGGAAGGAAGGGAAGUUAAAGUUGAUGUCAAACCUUUUCUUUAGAUGUUUGCAGGAGUUAACCACAGGAGAAGUUUAACAUGCUUUCUUAAACAAAGACCGAUUUAAAAAAAAAAACGCCACUUUUUAGUUGUGAAAUUCAGUUCUAUCUUGGAGCUACGUAGCUGCUGCUCAACACAAAAACUGGAAACAGGGAGUGUGGCUGUGUUGAAAUAUGAAACAGCCGACUGCGUGGAGCUAAAUUGGGGCAAUAAAGUUUGUUUAAAAAUGUUUUUUGAAACUGACAGACAACAUUUUGGAUCUAGGAAAAAGGUUUUUAAACUGAUAGUGAAAAAUUACUUGUAUCAAUAUAUGGCAUGCCAUUGUAUCAUAUGAUUAGCAAGUAUGGCAGGCUGUUGCAUCAUGUAAUUUAAAAAUAUUGCAGGCUUUAUAUCAUAAAAUUAACAACACAUGGCUGGCCGUUGUGUCAUAUAUUCAAAUGUGUGGCAGGCCGUAGUGUCAUAUAAUCAAAAAUAUGGUAGGCUGUUGCAUCAUGUAAUUAAUAAGGUUAUGACAAGUCAUUUGUAUUAUGUACCGGCAAUUAAAUAUGUAUGGCAGGCCAUUGUAUCAUGUAAUCAAAAAUAUGCAACAUUUUUCAUUUUCAAAGGCUUUUUUCAAAAAAAUACUUUCAAAAAAUUAAUUUAUAUUUUUUGGCCCCAAUUUGGCUCCAUAUACUUGUCUUUGGAUGCCUUUAUCUGUGCAAAAAAAGAACAUUCCCUAAAAAGAUAAUAAUAAAAAACAUAAUAAAUCUGUUUUUAAUUUCUUUAAAAGUUCAGAUAUCAGAGCUAAGUUCCUGUGAGUUUUAUUGAAUUUUUCAAGCUUACAACUGAACAUCUGUCAGCAGGUUUUAUUCUCCUGACUUCAGGUGCUCUGUGUGUGUGUGUGUGUGUGUGUGUGUGUGUGUGUGUGUGUGUGUGUGUGUGAUACAGUCUCAAAAAAUGUUUGUAGAAAGGAUUGUUUUUGUUUUUCACCUCUGAGUCGAUUGUUUAUUAAAAGAAGCGUUCAGGAUGAAGUCAGGGAGUUGGAGCAGAGUGUUGUGAUCGGCGAGCUUCAGGCUGUAUUUAAAUAAUGAUAAAGUGGUAGCUGUUUAUUAAUUCUAGCAGAGUGCUGUGUACUAUUUGCACUUUGCAUUUUUAAUUUUCUGAUCAGAUUUGCUUCCACAGGUUACUGUAUGACUGAUUCUUGCUCAUAAUCAAAUAAGAAAUUAGAUUUUUUUUCUUUUGUUUUGUUCAUGAUUGUUGCCGUCUUCUUGUAUUUCAGCUUUGUAAAACUUGCCUUAAUUAAAUGAAGAUGGUUUUGCAGCACCACUAAGAUUUUAUAAAUCUGACAGGCUUGUCAUAACAUGUAAAGAGUUUGCCUCAUUAAUUAAUUCACCUCCUUGUUUGGGGAAUAAUUGCACGUGUUGAUUUAAAGGGACUUGGUGCUGCAGGACCAUCUCAGUUACUGCGUUAUAUGCAGACAGCUGAUUUUUAUCUGCACUCCCGCUUCCUGUCAGCUAAAAUUAUUUGAAACUCAGUUUGUGUGAUUGAAGCUUUAUAGUAUUUUCAAUGGAAAUAAAAAAAAAGUUUAAAAAAUGGGA